UGCCACCAUGGCGGCGAGUAAAGGUUCAGCUCGAGCAGCUGCAGUGAGUGGUGGAUUUAGCUUCGAAGGUGACUCUCUGCCAGAUUUCAGCGAGUUCGACUCCUCUUCCGUGGUCCUGGAUUACCAGAACGAAAGUGAACACUUAAAGUCAAGACGAGACUGACUUCUGCCGCUCUCGCGUGUGUGCUGACCCGCUCGCAAACACUUUGACCCCGAAAGGAACCCCUGAGUGACUAACGCUGCGGCCCAACAACCUGCAUAUCCCUAACAGGCGCCCGUCUGAGGGCAAAAUGGCGCCCACGACCACCAUCGAGACUGUGACCAUCACGCGACCCCUCAAGGUGAUCGCCUUCAUCUGCGGCAUCAUCGUGGUCGUGCUGAUGGUGAUGGCCCUCGCCAGCACCGACUGGCUCAUGGCCGCCGGCUGGCGCCAGGGACUCUUCAUGCACUGCAUCAGCGACGACGCGCCCACGCCGCUGCCCUUCAAUAUUGUCGCCGACCCUGACUGCUACCCUGCCAGAGAUGUUGCUUACAUAAAGGCGGCCGCCGCACUGUGCGUCGUCUGUCUGCUGACCGACUUGUUCGCCACCCUGAUGACCUGCCUGGGCCUGCGGAGCACUGACCACCGCAAGAAGUACACCUACUACCGAGUGGCGGUCUACAUCAUGAUUCUGUCGCUGAUCUCUCUGCUGCUGGCGCUGGUCAUCUACCCCGUCUAUUUCGCCUCCGAGCUCAAAGAAGGUAAGGCAGGCAACCGGACAGUGUGGGAGUUCGGCUGGGCGUACGGCGUGGGCUGGGGCGCGGCCAUCUUCCUCUUCGGCGGCGUGAUCCUGCUGCUGUGCGACAAGGAGUCGGAGGAGAUCUACUACAAGGAGCGCAAGAUUGUGCACGACACCGACUCGACGAGAGCCUAGUGGGUCCGGCAGGGCACGAAGCACCCUCCUCCACCGCCGCUCCCUGACGUCACGCUGUAAGUUGUCUGUCCGCACCGAUCAAAAGGACCAGCCGAGCUAGAAAACAAAAAACACACACGCGGAAACGCACGAGAACAAAAAAAAAUUGGAAGAAUUUCGGAAGAGCAGAGUGUGGUCCUGCUGAGGGUCGCACCAGCGUAACGUCAAGGAGUUGAGUGGAGGAGACGUCAGCUCGUCUCCCUGCCUACUGUGCUUGUCAGCUUUCCUUUGUUGUUGUUUUUUGGUUUCUGCUUUUUCAUGAUGAUGAUGAUUAUGACGACGAAAUGAGAGAACUCCUGAAAGAGAGAAGUUAUUGAAACAUUAAUACUACUACCACUAAACUACCGCAUAACAAACGAAAGAACAAACUGGUGUUUUUUGAGAUGUGAACGAGCGUUAAUCGUCCGAUGUAGUUGCCUUGGCACGACAUCCUGUGUAACCUUGUUGUCCCUGAAUUCCUAAUAAUACGAUGUGACCGUUUGUAAUUUUUAUAUAAAAAGAGGAUUUAAAAUAACGGUGUGACUGAAUGAGAUUAGAGUUAAAAAUAUAAUCAUUAUUAUAUGAGGUAUAUAUCACACAAUUCCUGGACUAUUUAAAUGUAUGUAUUCACAUGUGGAUUGAACACGAAUCGGAGAGAAAGAGAGAGAGGACGAAAUAGACAAUUUGUGGCAGCCAAAUUUUUCAAUCUACGUAAACUCUACGAACAAUGAAAAACUCGUGAAAUUUGUCCGGCUGCGCAGAGAAAUCACAGUGUGUUUGAUUUGGGAAAUAUCCAGCAAUCAAACUCCAACGUGCACCAAAUUUGCGAGUGUUUCAGCGGUCGCGUCCUUUAAUAUGCUGUUUUCCGUAUUCUAUUCAGCCUGCCAAUGGCCUAAGUGUUGACCAUUUUGCAGAUAUUCUAAUCUCUUCUCAGUUGAAGCCGAAUCUCUUGACUGCAGAGAUGCGCGUAUUUAUCUACCAAAUAUCAAAUAUAUAUAUUGAAUGCAUUUACACUCGAUACACACUAUACUAACAGCUGUUUUUUGCAAAGUGUCUGUUCGUACCUCUCGCCCCGUUGCUACUCUAAAGAACUGUAUUACCGUAGACUCGUGCACAAUGGAAAUCAUUACAGCUAAUACGUAUGCGCAGAUUAAUUAAAUUUAAUAUGACAUAUUAUUAUAUUAUCCAUCUACACACACACACUCGACACUUCUCGCGUUGUAAUCAGGGAAGCUCUAUGUAUGUACACCACCGUGUCGUAAAAGUGAGACCUUUUUUUAACAAAAAAAAAAUAUAAUUAUUAAUUAAUCAUUCUACUCUGCUAGGCAGCGAACACGUUUGUAGCGGCGAUCAUUAUUAAUUAUUAAAAUCAUUAUAUAUCAGAACGGUCUAGCGUAGAAACGGGCAAAGUUAAAUGUCUUCUAGUCACCACAUGAUUAUAUUCUCGGAAAAAUCUCUCCGGCACUUCCACCUACAUGUAACGCGUGAGAAAAGAAUGUUAAUUAACUACGCAAUCAACUUUAUUGUACGUGUACUUAAAUUUUGAGCAGUGUGCAACCGCGCUGUUUGUUGAACGUAUAAAUUAAUUAUUCUCGCCAUCCAUUAUUCUGUCACGAUGAUAUUCAUUAUUUUCUUCACACACGCGCACCCAUUGCAUCGAUGCCAUUACUUAUAUAGAAUUGUUAGUUUUUGUUGCCGUUGUUGGACUUUUUAAAUUCUCGACGCUGUACAAAAGAGCCAUAUCGCUGCUCACGACAUAUCCAAGGCAGUUGUUACCAGGUGAAAGUAAAAUGCUACAUCCAAUAUGUGUAAAAUGCUAAAUUACGUACGAUCAAUUCACAAACACACAUUAUUUAUUAUUAUUAUAAACGACUAACCGACGCAACUAAUGUAUUUAAACACACAGAUUAACGACCGUGUAUAUCAUCGGAAUGUUCUAAACGUAUAUUCAUUUUAUUCUGUUUAGUAAAAAAUAAAACUUGAAAAUUGCCUACAA